GUGGACCCAAAAGACAGGGUAAAAUACAUAUUGAAAACGAAAUGAAAUGCAUUAGAACAAUUUUGAAAUAAAAAACGAAAUGAAGAUAGAUCGAUCCAAAGUUAAAAAAGGAGCAUCGGAAGUUCCAGAAGACUGUGCUAAAGUUAUUCAUGAGUUAAAAAGUUGUCCUGAUACAAAGUUACUUGAAGCUUUACAGCGUAUUAAUAUAUGGUAUUUUGGAAAAUGUGAGCUUUAUCACUGGAUUGAUGUAUUAGAUCGCUUUGAUGCCAUACUAGCUGUUGCUGCUAGACCUGUUAAAGAUAAACAAUGGAUUUAUGAAUAUGAUUGUUUUUUUGAAACCUUUGGACAAGCAAAGGGGAAAGAACAGCAGGAUUUGAUAUUUCAAAUUUUGAAGUUUACUGCUCUUCUUAUUGAGCAUUCAUAUGCUAGGCAUCUAUAUAACUCAAUGGAGCACUUGGUUUCACUGUUAGAUUGCGUUGAUGGAAAUCUUAUCCUUUCAGUAUUAAAUCUUAUCUAUGUAUUCAGUAAACGCUCAAAUUACUUAUCUAGGCUAUCAUCUGAGAAGAAAAAAAUCCUUCAAAUAAAGCUUUCUAAUUUAGCUCAGACAUGGGGUGGUGUGGAAGCUGGAUGCUCAUUGAGUCAAUGCUGUUCAGAGGAUAUACCAUCUGGUGCUGGACAUCUAUACUUUGAAUAUUAUGGAGACUCAACUACUGACAAUUCAAAGAGACAUUGCAUUGAUUUAAAGAAUGUUCACAAUAUGUCAUCUAGUGUUGGUGAAAUAAUGGAAGAUAUUAUGUUAACACAUCGGUUGCCUGAAAACAUGCAAAUGAUAUUUUAUCACCGUUUAAGACUCGCUUAUUCAAUGGCUGUAAAAGAAAAACGGUUACAAUUUGUUCAAGCAAGAUUACAGGCAAUAUCUAUUUUAGUAUACUCCAAUGCCACCUCACAUGUUAAUUUCAUUGUAUAUGAUGGUCUUAUUGAAGAAAUUGUGAAUACAUUAAAGUUGUUAGAUGAAAACAAAAAAUUAUCUGAUGUAAAAGCUUCAUGUCUAAAGACAUUAACAGCAAUUAUACACUUAGAUAGAAAUCCAAGACUUCAAGCUAUUAUUGAAUGCACAGGAGCAACAUCUUAUCAUGGGUUUUUACCAUCUCUGGUUCGUCAGUGUAUACUUCAUAUGACAAAUCCAGACCUUGAGCCAUUCACGCAGUCUUUGUCUACUGCAUUGUUUUCAUUUUUAUAUCACCUUGCAAGUUAUGAAUCAGGAUGUGAAGCUUUAGUUUCUUCUGGCCUAAUCGAAUCUCUACUAAAGGUUGUUGUCUGGCCUGGUGAAAAUGAACAUAUUACUUUUGUCACUAGAGCUGUUCGUGUUAUUGAUCUUAUAACAAAUUUGGAUAUGGCUGCUUUUCAAACACAUAAUGGAUUGGAUGCUCUUGUAGGACGGUUGCAGCGUGAGGUACUUUUGUGCAGUAAACAUCAUGGUCCUUCUCUUUCUAAUGAACUACCAAGUUCUACAUCUGAUGUUACAGCUGAUUUUAUGCAAGCCUCUUUAAAUACUACUGUUGCUGCUUCAAGCUCAUCUGAUGUUGAAAUGAAAGAAUCAUAUGGUCAAAAUCGUGCUAAACCGAGUGGUUCUCAACAGCAGUGUCUGCCUCAAAGGGCAGCUCUGUUAAAAUCUAUUUUAAAUUUUUUAAAAAAAGCUAUUCCAGAUCCUGCUUUUGCUGAAUAUACUCGGACAUUAAUGGAUGAAAAUCUUCAAGAUUCAUUAAAAAUGAUCAUUAGUAAUGCAGAGUAUUAUGGUGCUUUGCUAUUCUUACUUGCAACGGAUGUUGUUACAGUCUUCAUAUUUCAUGAGCCAUCUCUUCUAUCAAGCCUGCAAGAUACUGGUUUAACAUGGGUUGUUUUAAAAGCACUACUUCUAAAAGAUGUUCCUGCAACUCGUGAAAAUCUUGCAUCUCUACCAAAUACUCUAAGUGCUUUAUGCCUUAACACGCGUGGUUUAAAUGCAUUUGUUUCUUGUGCCCCAUUUGAAAAGUUAUUUCGUAUUCUUGUUAUACCGGAAUAUUUGCCAGCAAUGAAAAGACGGCGAAGUGCUGAUCCCCAAGGUGACACAGCAAUGCAUCUUGGAUCAGCCAUGGAUGAACUGAUGAGACAUCAGCCCACAUUAAAAACUGAUGCUAUGAAAGCUAUAAUUAAGCUAUUAAAACAGUUGUAUUCAAUGGGUAACGAUGAUAAUAUUAUUGCGUUUCAUCCAACAGAAAAAUCAAAACCUGUUUUAAAAAAGCAGCCAAAACUGUCGAGUGGAGGAAUUUUGUCACGUAGUAACUUGGAAGAUAAUAUCUCAGAUGAUGAAAUGGAAGAGGAAUAUCUGUUAGCUGCAAAAAAUGAAAGCUUGGAGAAUGCAGAAUUUACUAUGACUCAUAAGAAGUUUGUUCCUGUUGUCGAUUAUCUACUGAAUGUCACAAAGUUUUUAGAUAGCAUUCUGAGCAAUAAUGGAACAGAUGAUCAUUGUGUGGAAUUUGUGAAACUGGGUGGUCUUGAACCUUUAUUUAUGUUACUCAGUAUGCCAAAUUUUCCCUUAGAAUUUCCACUUAUGCCUGCUUGUCAAUCUGUUGCACAAGUAUGCAAGUCAAUUAAUUUACUAGCUCAAGAUUCCAGAGUUUUUAAAGAAGGCCUUACACAGUUAAAUUUUCAAAUUGAUAAACUAAACUUGAUAUACACUCAAUCUGAAAGUCAGGGUUCUGCUCUGCUGCAUGAACUUGCUUCCACAGAAGUUCCACUUGAAGCACUUUAUGACUACAAAAAAACUCCAGUCGUGCAUGCCAUGUCAACAACUCACGCUUAUGUCAAUGUGUUCAUUUUUAUUUGUCGUGGAGCUCAGGCUGAUAUUCGAAAUAUGUCUAUUUCACAAUGGGGUUCAGAUCUUGGUCAAUGUGUGCUUAAAAAGCUAACAGACCUUUAUGCUAAGCUUGUUUGGGAGAGUAGUAUGCUUUUAAUUUUAUGUACACCAAAUAAUAAUUCUGAAGAAGACUUGUCAUUUGCUGCCCAGGACCUGAAUAAGUUAAAAGAAAAGCAAGUUGAUCCAGCUCAAACUGACUGUGCUAAUACCUCUAAUCUGACAUUGUUAAAAUGGCUGCUCUUAUCUUCUUCCCAUCUUGGUCGUGCUUUAGCAGAAUUGUUUGGUUUGCUAGUUCACCAGUGUGUUGGCGCCCAAGGCCCAAGAUUAAGACAUACAUUUUCACAACCAUCACAGCCAAGUGUUCCUGCACGCAUGGUUACUUAUCAAUUAACAUCUUCUAUGGUGCGUUGCCUAAAAUGGGAGUGUCCAAUUAACAUCAACAUCCCAAGAUUACGCUUGACAUAUUAUGUAUGCUGUAUUGGAAUUUGGUCAGUAGCUUUAUUUGAUUCUGGAAAAAAUCCUUAUCAUCUUAUGUUGCAGCAGUUAGAAAAAGAUGGCGGAUUAGAAGCACUUUUUGAUCUUUUUAACUGGGUUGUAGAUGAAUAUCUGAAUGAUUGUGAUAAUUUAAAGAAGAUAGUGGGCCUAAGUGAAUUUCUUGAAGGUUGGUUAGACUUGAUUAAUCGAUUAGUAAAUACAAAGUCAGUUUUGGAAUCAAAUUAUGGUUUGCCAACUACAUCAUCCCUUCCUGGUUUUACUCCAUUUGAUGCAGCAAAUUUUCUUGCUAAGAUUCACAUAUUGGCUUUCAAAUCAGUUUUGUUGCUUUGGGAGCGUAAAACCUAUGCUUGCUCAGAUAAUCAUUCAAUAGCAGACCGCAUCGUAAGUAUUAUGUGUCAUAUAAUCAGUGGAGAAGUCAUCUUAAAAGAAACAUUUGCUUUAAAAGUUAAACCAAAAGAUAGCAAACAAAAAAAGAGCAGUGCAAUAGAUAUACAGAAGACUCCAACUCCGUCUCGCAUUGAGCAAGUCAGUGAGGAGCAUUUACAGCAGUUUGUUGAUAUGGGUUUUCUACAAGAACAUGCUAGAGAAGCUUUAAUAACAUGUCAUGGCAAUUUUCAAGCUGCAACUGAACUUUUAUUGACAAUGCCUUCAGGAUCUUCAAGACUACGUGCUGCAUCAUCUAAUGUUAUGGAGGUUGAUACUUCUGAAGAAGAUAUGAUGUUGCAAGCUAUUGCAAUGUCCCUAGGUCAAGAGGUUGAGUUACCAUCAUUGGAUAAAAAGCUACCAGUUUCUGAUAGCAUAACAAUCGAAGAUAAAAAAAUAUCCACUGAUCAACUAGCUGAGAUAAGUAAACUCAUUGAUAAUUGCACUGAUAGACUUCUAGAAGGAUGUAUGGAGCUACUUGAUACGCAACCAAAAGCAGUGCAUAGUGUUUGCAAACUUCUAGUUGUUGCAUCUAGACGCAAUAAAAAUGAAUGGAAGUCAAACAUGUUGGUCAGUAUAUCAGAAGACAUAACAACUUCUGCAGUAUAUAUUACUACACAUAUAGAAUCCAUGCUAAAAGAAAUCAAAGCUGGUAAUACUGAAAUGAAUCAGAAACUUAAAGAACUAAUUUGUGGUGGUGCUUGUACAGAAAAAUUAACACGAAGGUUGCAUUUGUUCCUUCUUUUAUCUCAGAAUCAUGAAAAUCAAGCUGCACUUACUUUUCAAACAUGGAUUUAUGACAUUCUUAACUUAUUUAAACGCACAAUGGAAACAAUUACGGAGUUAAAUAAAUCUAAAUUUUCAUCUUUUAUACCAGGGUAUCUGGCUCCUAUAAUUCUUAUUUUUGAUCAUUAUGAACGCACAUCAUUGGUGUGGAAGCGGAAAAAAAUGCAGAUUUGUAGUCACAUAUGGAAGUGGUUUGAUGAUCGAAGUGGAAGGUGGUGCAAUUAUAGUGCUAGUAAUAAUGCCUCUAUUGAUACAGCUUAUCAUUCUGGUGAAUCUACUGUUAGGUUUACUUCUGGCAGAAGAAAGUACAUGGUUCUUUUCAAUACACUUGUGCAAAUAAAUGAAGAAACUGGAAAUCGUCGACCAAUCAUGCUUGAUGUUAUGCUUAGUCCCAAGAUUGAAGACUCUGAGUCUGUUGUGCCAAUAGAAUGUGGUACAAAAAAAAUUGAAAAGUCAAAAGGUGCAAAAAGAAAAGCAGACAUAAGUGAUCGGAAAAAAACUUUAAAAUCAAAAGAGGAUGAAAUUACUGGGUUGUCUGAAUAUCAAAAUGAAGAGUUGUUGAGCAAUUUGGUAGACCUUAUAUCUAUACCAAUAGCUCCUGAUGUAUUAAAUGCAGCUAUACGAAUGCUGUUGAGACUAACUCGUGCUUUUAAACUAGCUAAAAUAUUUGCUAACAAAGGAGGCAUUCAGCAUCUUCUCAAUUUAAAAGAAGGCUCAAGUUUUCCUGGUGCUAUUCCAUUGAUGGUUUUGCUGUUGAGGCAUAUUGUUGAAAGUGUUGAAACAAUGAAGCAUGCUGUUGAACGAGCUGUUGUCACAGCUUGUAAUAAUGGUAUUCCAAACAUGUUCUGUGGAGUAGGUCAAAAUUCUUUAGGGGCACGUGAGCUUCACUACUUACUUCGAGCAUUGGGACCAAUUGCUUGUCGUAACACAAAUCUUUACAUUGAAACAACUAUGAAAGUUGCAAAACUACUACUGCCAAGUUCUCGUGGGCGCAACCAACUUGAAGAAACAAUCCCACCUAAUUCAGCUCAAAUAGUAAAAGUCCCUCAGGAAAUAAAAAGUUUAGGCUUAGAUGGAAGUGUUGAAAGUAAUCCUGAAAUGGAACAUUUAGUUGUGAAGCUUUUAAAUUCUCUUAUUGAGCGCCAUCUUUUGUCAUUAGACAAUGUAUCAGCAACACCACCUAUUAAUCCAUUACCAACCCCUGAAGUAAAAAAAGUUUCAUCACCACAGACUUUACUUGUUCGUAGACUAAGAGGAGAAAAUGUUGAUGAGGAUGAAAUAGCGAAUGUUCAACCUGCUCCCUUGUCAGAGGCGCCUGCAUUGUCAACUACAGAAACAUCAACAAAGCCAUUGCUUUCAGAAGCUUGUAUAAUUCGUUUGUUGACUGAGCUUGUAAAAAGUUAUGCUGCAGUUGCUAAAUUAAUUGUUGAGUUUAGUUAUCAUCAUUCUGAUGAUGGCCCUCCUGUUCCAAACAAUAUGGUGGUAAAUGGCCCAUUUCUUGCUUUCUUUUUUGACUAUUUGUUACCACACACUGGCAAAGAUUCUGAUCCUAUAAAGGCCACAACUAAAUCUAGCAAUAUUUCCACAUUAGCUCGCGCACUUUUAUCAUAUGUUGGGACAUACUGGCAUAACACUGAUAUAGAAAGUGUGUUUGUUGAUGAACUAAAAGCAUCUUACAUGAGAGCUUUAAUGCUCCCAGAAUGUAAAGUCAAACAUUUGCGUCUCCAGGCCCUCUUUAAUCUUGUAACACUAAUGGUUGAAUCAGCUGCACCAAUAUCAUUUACAUCUCAACCACCUGUGCAGAAUAUUGGUUUUGUAAAAAUUUUAAUCAAACGAGGUUUAAUUGCAGAUCUAGCGCGAUGUACACAUAGUCUUGAUCUAUCAAGUCAAGAUUUGGUAACAACAGUUAAUGCAAUGCUAAAACCAUUAGAAAAGCUAACAAAUCUAGCAUCUAAUCAAAUUGUUCAACCUGCAAAAAGUGUGCUGAAGGAACCAAAGGAAGAAACCUCAACAGUUCUUGGUGCAUCAUCAGUGGAAACUACAAACGUAGUGUCUCAAUCAUUAGAUGUAGAUGUUGGAAAUCAAACAUCAACUCAAAGUUUUUAUAACAAUUUAGAAGGGGUAAUCAAUGAAAUUCUUACAUCAAAUGGAACUUCUGAUAUUCUUGGUGAAACUCUUGUAACUGAGCGUUCAGGUGAUAAUGGGGUUGAACAAGAAAUAGUUUUUGAAACCAAUGUUGGUGAUGGUACAGACUUGAAUGAUGAUUCAGAUAGUUCAUUAGAUCAAGAUGGAAAUAACUUGGAUACAAUGUCAGAAGUUAGUGAAGGUACAGAUUCUGAUCAACAUGCCAACAUGUUUGUAACUUUAGAUGACAAUGUUAACAAUGAUAGCGGUGAUGAAGAUGCUCCAAACAAUGCUGACAGAACAUCAAACAACCAGAUUGAGUUAGAGAUUCAAGUUGGGCAGGAUGAUAUAGAUGAUGAGAUUCAAUUUGGUAAUAUUACAGAAAAUCAAGGAAACGAUUCACAAAUGGAAGAUGAUUUAGAUAAUGAUGAUGACGAAGAUGAGGAUGAAGAAAAUCUUAAUGAAGAUGAAGAAAAUCUUAAUGAAGACGAAGCAGAUGAAGAAGAUACAGAUGAAGAUGUCAUAAAUGUCAAUUCUGGAGCAUCUGUUGGACCAUUUAUUUUUGAAGAAGAUGAUGACGAAGGAGGUGACACAGUUGAGAUAUCGUUUCCACAACCUGCAUUUACUGUUCACAUUCCCCAUCUUGAUGAACAAAAUGACACUGCAAUUCCUGCUUUAGCUAAUCGCUCAUCAAUUUUGAUUCAUCCUAUGUUGUUAGACCAGCCACUUGAACAAAAUAGUCGUGGACCAACAAAUAAUGAAACACGAAAUGUGAAUUCACGUGGUAACAGAGGAGCUGGGAGGGUUUUUACUCAAAGAAACACUAUUCAUAUACAUGGAAACUCAAAUCCGGACUCUAUUGCUCAGUUAUUUAUUGGGGAUGACAUAAAUCAAACUAAUGAUGGCCUUUCUUUAGAAGAAGAUUUAUUCAGUCAGAUUGAAGGCAGUGAAUUGACUGCUGGUGUUUUAAAUUCUAUUCCAAGUUCUUUAGCCAGAUGGACUUUAGAAAGUUUGUUGCUGGAUGGAUCUAGUGUUCAUGAUCUUGUAAAUUACAUAAAACCUUCUAUUGUGACUCAUCUUGAAAAGCUUCAGUUACAAGAAUUGAAAGAAAAGGUAGCUGAAGAAAAAAAAAAAAAAGAGGAAAAUGAAGCAGAAAAAGCAACUCAACUCACAACAAGUAUUCCAAGUACAAGAAGUAGAGUAGUAAAUGAAAUUUCUGAACCUAUGGAUGUUUCUCCUACUUCUAUCCUCUCCACAUUGACAACCCAACAAGCUUCUCUUGCUCAUCCUUCCCUUUUUACAACACCUAGUGAAUCAACUUUAAACAAUGUACAAUCGGCUGCUUUAGUUCCAGAUCAAAUUACCCAUGUUGAUACUGUUUUAUCUUCCAGUCUCACUACUCAGAUGGACACACCAUCAAGCUUUAUUACACCAUUUAACCCUUUACCAGAUCUUGUCCCUAAUGCUCCACAAAGAGAAUCUUUGUUUUCAGGACUCGUUCCAGUUUCUAUAAAUUCACCAAAUGUUAAUAACCAACAACAUAUAAGUUCGCAACAAACACCAUUUGAUGCCCCAAGAUUAAAUCGUUUAAGAGAAAAUGAUGGUGCUCUUACAGGUGAUUUAGGCUUUACUCCCAUCACACAGUAUUUACAGCAGAGAGACCUACCUGAUGCAGUACCAAGUACAAUUCCAGGUGAAUCACCUUGCAUACGUCAAGUUAGAAGUAAUCUUAUGUUUUCUCAAACACCUCAAACCACUCUUGCUGAAGAACCACGUCGAACAGAAGAAGGAGCUAUAUUGGCGACUGAACUUGCUGCUGCAAUUAUGUUGCAACUUGCUACAACUUCACCGACACCAUUUAGUACAGCAAAUAUACAACCUACUAAUGUUGUUUCAGGAUCAUCCAUUUCAACUGUAAAUUCAGUUGAUUCAAAUGUAACUUUAGCUUCAGCUACUAAUGCAGAAGAAUACAAUGAGGUUGAAGUUUCUACAACAAAUGAAGCAUCAGCAAUUUCAACAAGUUCAUUAAAUACUGUGUCGGUAGCAGUUGGUGCAGAAGCAAGUAUUAAUAAUGCUGCAGCUCAAAUACAAAGAGAACUUGAAAAUCUGGGUAUCCCUAUUUCAGUUGAUCCAUCAUUUUUAGCAGCAUUGCCAGAAAAUAUCAGGGAAGAAGUUCUACGUGAACAAUUUGGCAUUCGGCUGAGUCGUCCUAUUGCUUCAGUUUCAAGCGGCCAGGUCAGUGUGCCAGAAGAGCCUCAAGAAAUUUCCCCUGAGUUUUUGGCUGCACUUCCGGCUGAUAUGCAAAGAGAGGUUUUAGAGCAACAACGUCAAGAACAGGCUCGUUAUAAUGCAGCUCAGCAGAGACCAGAGCAACCUGUUGACCCUGCAGAGUUUGUACGUAAUUUAGAUCCAUCUCUUAGGCGUCAGAUUCUUGCUGAUAUGGAUGAUACAGUUUUAGCAGUUUUACCUCCAGAACUAACUUCGGAAGCACAGGGUUUAAGACGUGAAAUUGAACAACGUCAAUUAAGAAUUCAUGCAGAAAGAGCAAUUACUCGAAAUGAUCUUUCACAGUUGUUACGUCACAGCGGUUUAACUCGUAGAAAUUCUCGAGGUGGUUUUCAAUUUGCUCGUUUAUUUCCUCAAAAUCAAAUGAAUGCUUGGCAAGUAAGUGAUAGUACAUCAAACAACACAAAAAAAGUCGGGACUCAAUUAUUAGAUCCUGAAAGUUUGACUUGUUUAUUAGUAUUGUUAUUUUUAAAUGAUACAGCAAUAAAUUCUUCUCGCUUGCACAGAAUUCUUAGAAAUUUGAGUUAUCAUAAUUUGACUAAACAAUGGAUUAUAAAUGCAUUAAUUUCAAUAUUAAGACAGACUAGUAGUUUUUCACAAGAAAGCUCAAACAUGUCAUUUGAACCAUUAAAAAAUCUUGAAUCUACAAGUAGAGACGAUGCUACUGUGACUCAAAAUCAUCAGUGGCUUUCACGCACAUUAAAUUUAGCUUUUGGAGGUUGUGUAAAUAUAUUUCAGCUCCAAGCUGUUGGUAAGAAACCAACUGAUUGUUUUGUGACUGUUCACCAGCAAGCUUGUCUUGAUGUUUGCAAACAAACAUUAGAAGCUUUAUCAUUCCUUGCAAAAAACUUUCCAAGUGAUUUUGCUCCAUCACAUGAAACGAAGUCUACUGACUUAAAUAAUGAAUCUGGACCAAGUAAAUCUUUUGAGACAGAAAGAGGUUCUGUAACAGAAUUUUGGGAUAUUCUUGUUCGAUUAAAUUUAUCUAGUCCAAAUUUAAAAGGUAAAGGACCAUUAAAAGUAUUGCGUGAAUUUCCGAAAGAACAGUUAAGUGAUUCUUUUGUUACAUCACCUCUCGGACAAAUAUUAAGUAUGUUAUCACACCCAGUUGUUAAACAAAGUACUCUUUUAUCAGAUAAACUAUUACGUCUUCUUGCUGUUAUUUCAACUUCAUUACCCGAGCGUCAUAAACAACUGCAGCCAGAACCUCCUGUUAUUCAAGAAAGUGCGCAUCCUCCUGACGAUGUCAUUGUAACCCAGCCAAUUCACACAGUCACUUUUGUAGAACCUAGUAUAGUUCAUCAUGAGCCUGCUUUUGAAGACCCUGACCAGCAUGCUGCUGAAUCUAGCACAGUUUGCUCUGAAACUGCGUCUAUUACAUCUUCAUUGUUUGUUGAACCUUCUGAGAAUAAUUUUGAAAGAAUAUCGUACCCUGUUGAGUCAAGGCAUAGGACAACUGGCUCAGUUGUUUCUGAUGGUACUGUAGCUCAAAGUGAUUAUAGCAUGUUGGAGCAACGUGCAGAUGAUGAGUGCAUGGAUAUAGAUCAUCAAAACACUCAUAGUGAUACAUCUUCAACAGAAAAUCGAUCUUCUCCAGCACUCUCUUUUGUACAAAUAACUGAAAAGGAACCAUCUAUUUUAACUGGUCAACUUCGAAUGGCGGUUAAUGUUUUAGCAUCUGGUUCGUGUUCUGAUGAGGGUUUAGAAGACGCAACUACGCUUCUGUUACAGUUGUCAAGAACAGACUCACUAACUCGAGAUUGCAUUCUUGAUCUCUUGUUGGAAGGUGCUCAAGAUACUGCAAACAUUUUGCGUGAGGAAAUUGCAUCUUUAUUAAACGAAUUAAAGGAACACAACAUGCAGCAUUGUAACAGCAAAAGUAAAAUGAAGACUUUGAAACAGAAUGCACCUGUAGUAAUAAAUCCAGCAGCAGCCAGAAGUCAACCUUGGCGUGGAAGAGGAGCAGCACGAUUACCAAAUCAGCCUCGUCGUAUUGGUUUAUUAGGUGCUGCUCAGCAAAGAAGAAAUGUUCAAAAACCUAUCAUAUUUGAACUUCAUCUACCUACUAUGGCUCUACUUACUGCAAAGCGUUCUAGUCAGUUAUUACUUCUUCGUAUCCUUAAAGUUAUACUACAACUUCGUAAUGCUGCAAAGAAAUCAGCUUCAAAACCUAAAGUGUCUCCAAUGGGUUCUCAAAGAAAUAGAGGUAUUCGUUUAAUUGAGCGCCUGCAACACGGAGGUAGCAGUUUGAGGGAAGUUGUAGCUGCUUUAGAAGCUGAUAUGGAAGCUAUGUAUGAAAUGAUUGAUCGAUUUGGCAGUGGAAACAGUGGUGAAAACUUGAGAACUACUGUUGAACCAGUUAUUCAACCACAGGAAAGUUCAUCAACAAGUCUGACCAUAGCAGAUAAGGAAAGCAAAAAGAAUGAAGAAAUAAACAUUCCACAAUUUGCAAAGCUCAGUAACUUGCUCAACUUAGGUCAACUUUGGGACAUUUUAGGUGAAGCAUUAACAGAACUAGCAGAAACUUCAGAUCCCAAUGCAGUUCUUGUGCUUCAGCCAGCUGUUGAAGCUUUUUUCUUAGUCCAUGGUUCAGAAAAAGAAAAUAAAACUACACUUAAUGAAUCAAGCACAAACACACAAGAAAUUCAAAGUCCGCUUUCCCCAAAUGCAAACUUUAGUAGCACUACUUUAGAUCAAUCUAGUUCAACAUCUGCUGUUAAUCUAUCUCCUGAUACACAAAAAUUUUUAAAUUUUGCUGAAACUCAUCGUACUGUUUUAAAUCAGAUUCUAAGGCAGUCAAGUAGCUCGUUAGCUGACGGUCCAUUCGCUGUACUUGUACAUCAUACUCGUUUACUUGACUUUGAUGUCAAACGCAGAUAUUUCAGACAAGAGCUUGAAAAAGAAAAUAAGGGGCAUCGUCGUGAGGACAUGGCUGUGCAUAUUCGUAGGGAGCAUAUUUUUGAGGACUCUUAUAGAGAACUUCAUCGUCGAACAGCUGAAGAAUUAAAGAAUAGAUUGUAUGUUGUUUUUGAUGGCGAAGAAGGACAAGAUGCAGGAGGAUUAUUGCGAGAAUGGUAUGGCAUCAUGGCUCGUGAAAUGUUUAAUCCAAAUUACGCUUUAUUUACAAAUUCUCAGGGCGAGAAAAGUACAUAUUUACCCAAUCAGCAUUCUCAUUGUAAUCCAAAUCACCUUUCGUAUUUUAAAUUUGCAGGAAGAAUUGUAGCUAAAGCAAUAUAUGACAACAAACUGCUUGAUUGUUAUUUUACAAGAUCUUUCUACAAGCACAUUCUUGGAAAGCCUGUUCAUUAUAGUGAUAUGGAAGCGGAAGAUUACAGUUUUUAUCAAGGCCUAGUUUAUUUACUGGAGCAUGAUAUUGAUGAUCUCGGUUAUGAACUUACUUUCUCUGCAGAGGUUCAAGUUUUUGGAAUGAAUGAGAUUCAUGAUUUAAAACCAAACGGUCGCAACAUACCCGUGACGGAAGAAACUAAAAGAGAAUACGUAAAAUUAGUAUGCCAAGAAAAAAUGACUGGAUCAAUUCGACAGCAAAUAGGAAGUUUCCUGGAAGGCUUUUACGAGAUAAUACCAAAACGUUUAAUAUCUAUUUUUGACGAGCAAGAAUUAGAGUUGUUAAUUGCUGGUCUUCCCACCAUCGAUAUAGAAGAUUUAAAAAUGAAUACUGAGUAUCAUAAGUACACAGAGAAUUCAUUGCAAAUACAAUGGCUUUGGCGCGCAUUGCGAUCAUUUGAUCAGGCUGAUAGAGCUAAGUUUUUACAGUUUGUUACUGGUACUUCAAAAGUUCCAUUGCAAGGCUUUGUUUCUCUGGAAGGUAUGAAUGGACCUCAAAAAUUUCAAAUCCACCGCGAUGAUCGAUCUACAGAUCGUUUACCGUGUGCUCACACGUGUUUUAAUCAGCUAGACUUGCCUGCGUACGAAACUUAUGACAAACUUCAUUCUCAAAUGCUCAAAGCCAUUAAUGAAUGUCCAGAAGGCUUCGGUUUAGCUUAAUAGAUAUUUGAUAUUCUUGAGUUUUGUUUUAUAGUAUUUUUCAUUGGUUGCUUUUUUUAUGUAUAAAAAUAUUUUAAUGUUGUUAUCGACAUUUUGUUAUUUGGAAAAUUUACAAUAAAAUUUUAAUAAUAAACUUUAUUAUUUAAUUUAUUUCGAUAUUUUGCUAAAAUAUUUUGUUCCUCAUUUUACGAUUGUUGUCAUAUUUUCAUUGUCGAGAGUUUUAAAAAUAAAGAGAUUAAUAAUUAUUGAUAAAAGAUUUUUUGCCAUGUUUAGGAGAGAGAUAUAUGCGUCUACUGUAAUUUUUUUUAUUAUUACCCCUUCUACAUAUUAAGUCAAUGAUUACCAAAUGUUGGUGUUUUAGUAGGUUUCAAUAUAUUCUUGGACUUUUGCGACCUCGUAAAAGUUGAAAGGACGA